AUGCACUGCAGUGUUCGCUACAUCCUAGGGUUGGCCGCAGUGCUUGGAACAUUUCCUGUCACUAACAUCACCAGCAGCAGCACCAGGCGAUUGCGGUUCCGUUGGCUCAGCCCCGUAACUGUCUAUACCAUGGUACUGCUGUUAGGCUUCGUCACAGUUGAGCUCAUUUCCAUUGACUACACCAUCCAGCAUCUCAACCAGGCCAACCUCACAGUGGCCGGUGGUUUUAAGCGAGCAACAUCGGGGACGAUUUUCUACGGCAACGCUUGUAUUGGAAUAUAUCUGUUCCUCUCUUUAGCCAAGGCUUGGCCAGACUUGGCGAAUAAAUGGAGGACUGUUGAGUUGUCAAUGAAAAUUUAUGGUCAACCUCGACUUUUUCUGCGCUUUAUAACAAUAGCAACAGUAUUCAUGUCAUUGGCUUUCAUGGAAAAUGGACUUCAUAACUGGCUUAGUGUGCAAACAGUUUUCAGUGCUUAUGAUAAUGAAACGAUAUAUUUUGUGGACUACUUGCGUAUAUUUGCCCUCAACUCGCACUGGUAUCUGUUCGAGGACCACAGUUAUACGACUUGGCGGGGCCUAGCUACAGUAUGGAUCAGUCUUUCAGGAACAUUCAUCUGGAACUUUAUUGACUUAUUUAUCAUGCUUGUCAGUUCUGCACUUGCAGCUCAGUUCAAUGUGCUCAAUAGAGCGCUCAGAGCAAUACGAGGAAAGAUACUUACUCAGCUGGAGUGGAGAGAGUACCGUGAAAUGUACGCUUCUCUCACUCAUCUGGUGAAGCUCGUGGAUCACCACAUCAACCGUAUCAUCGUUCUGUCUGUCACCAACAACGUCUACUUCAUCUGCGCUCAGCUCAUAACUGAGAUAGAUUCUGGACAGAGUGAUUACAAGUCCCAGCUGUUCUAUGUAUACUCUGUGUUGUUCCUGGUGGGGCGGACGACGGCUGUGGUGAUCCUUGCUGCUGCUAUCCAUGAUGAGAGUAGACUUGUGGCUCCAGAGCUGUUCCUAUGUCCUCCAGAAAGCUACUGCACCGAGGUUCAGAGGUUUCUACAAGAGGUGACGUCAGAUUAUGUUGCACUGACAGGCUUGAACAUGUUUGCCAUCACAAGGAACUUCUUACUUGGAAUUGCUGGCGCCAUUCUCACUUAUGAGAUAGUUUUAAUUCAACUACAGAAUUCCAACCGGUCCGUACCAGGUGGAUAAGUCAACUAUAAAUUGUUGUCACAAAAUAAAUACAUGUUUAAACAUAAUAUGUUUAA